AUGCCUCGACUGCGCAAAAUUUCCAACGAAAAACGAAAGAGAUAUUUAAAGAAGUUCUUCAACAAAUUGCAUUUGCUAAUUUUUCUUUUCUUUAUUGAAAUGUUCUUUUACCUAGAUGCUUUUCUUUGCUUUUUCCUUUCUUUUUCUCUUCUUUCCUUCUUGCUUUUGAUUCUUUCUUUCUUUUUCGUCGUUUGUAGUCGGUUUUUUGCCACCCUUGAUGAUCUGAUAAAUAAAUACUUUGUACAUUAUCUAUCUUACUUAUCUAUCUAUCUAUCUAUCUUACUUAUCUAUCUUAUCUAUCUAUCUUCUCUAUCUCUGUUAUCUAUCUAUCUAUCUCUGUUAUUUAUCUAUCUAUCUAUCUCUCUAUAUAUAUAUGUUCCUUAUCAAUCUAUCUAUCUAUCGAUAUACGUUCCUUAUUUAUCUAUCUCUGUAUCUCAGUCUGUUCAUAUCUAUCUAUCUAUCUAUUUUAUUCUCUAUUUGGAUCUAUCUAUUUAUCUAUCUAUCUAUCUAUCACAGUCUAUUUGGAUCUAUCUAUCACAGUCUACUUGGAUCGAAAGUUCUAUCACAUUCUGUUUGGAUCUAUCUAUCAGUCUGUUUGGAUCUAUCUGUUUGGAUCAAUCUAUCUAUCUCUUCAGAUCUAUCUAUCUAUCUAUCUCUUCAGAUCUAUCUAUCUAUCUAUCUAUCUAUUACAGCCUUUUGUAUCUAUCUAUCUCAGUCUGUUCCUAUCUAUCUAUCUAUCUCAGUCUGUUCCUAUCUAUCUAUCUAUCUAUCUAUCUAAAUAUAGUUAAUAUAUCUAUCUAUCUAUCUAUCUAUCUCAGUCCGUUCCUAUCUAUCUAUCUAUCUAUCUCACUCUAUUCGUAUGUAUCUCAGUCUGUUCGUAUCUAUCUAUCACAAUCUGUUCAUAUCCACCUACAAUCUUCAAAAAUUUAA